CGAAACUGGUAGUCGUGCUGCUUCUAUUUUGGGGAUUUUUUUAAUCAGUACGAAGAGUUAGAUCGGCAAAGCUAUUCUUAUACUCUGUAGAGAGUCGAGCGCUCCCGGCCAAGUGACAGCCAGUCAAGUACCCAGACCCGAUACCAUCCGAUCUAGACUAUUCCGGAUCCUUCCACCCUCAAACAUGUCUGUACUAUCACAAGAUGUUCAAUCCAAGCUUCGUGGUAUCGUCGACGAGUACACGACCGGGGGUUCUGAGAGCAAGAUCCCAGGUCUCGUCUACUCCGCGUUCAGAAAUGAUGGCGAGCCAAUCUUUCAACAUUACUCUGGUUUGAGGGGAGUCACCUCAGAAAGCCCCAUGUCAGAAGAGACUAUUUUCUUCAUGGCAUCUUUCACAAAACUGGCAACAUCAGUCGCGUGCAUGCAACUCGUCGAGCAAGAGAAGUUGCGCUUAGAUGAUGCUGAUCAAGUUGAAGCCAUCUGCCCUGAGCUACGGGAUGUCAAGGUGUUGACUCGGAAUGAGGACGGAAAACUUGACCUUGUUGAGAAAGUUAGAAGAAUUACUCUUCGGAUGCUUCUCACUCACACGGCUGGUUUUGGAUAUGCUUUUGAGGACGAGAAGCUGGCCGAGUUCGGUCGCCCCAUUGGGUUUGAUGACUUCUCCGGAGAAGCAAUUGACACAGCAAAUCGACCUCUGGUGAACCAGCCUGGUGAGACGUUUCAAUACGGAGUCUCAAUGGAUUGGGUUGGCGUGAUAAUUGAACGCACGUAUAAGAAGUCACUUGAGGAAGUCUUCAGAGAGCACAUCUUCAGGCCCCUGGGGAUGAAUCAUGUCACUUUCCAUCCUUCACAUGAAGACAAGUCGAAUUUGGCGUAUAUGCAUCGCAGAAGCCCAAGUGGCAAGUUGACUACUACAGAUCACUUUUAUCGACGUCCGCUUCUUGCUCAGGAUGACGAGAAGGUUCCAUGCGCUGGAGGACACGGGUGCUUUGGGAGACCAGCAGAAUUUGGGAGGCUCAUUUCACUGCUGUUGAACGAUGGGCUGGAUGCACAAACUGGGGUUCGGCUACUCAAAGCUGAGACCGUGGAUAACAUGUUCACUGAUCAAAUCCCCGAUAAACCACGAUUCAGCAACGUCAGUGUCCCCGUGGCCAAACCAGAACUGGCAAACCCAACUCCCUUGACCCCAAUGCCCGAUGAUCACACCGAGGGCUGGAGUUUAUCAUUUUCUAUCAACCACUUCCCAGAGUCAACUGGCCGUGCAGCUGGAUCAGCGUCUUGGGAGGGACUGGCUAAUCUCUUCUGGUUCGCUGAUCGCAAGAACAAUAUUGGUGGCAUUAUCGCUAGCCAAAUUCUUCCAUACGGUGUCAGCAUGGCGACUGCGGCAUUAAAUAAGCGACCGCAUGACCUCGUUACAAAGCUCGCUUCCGCCCCUCUGUCAUCAAUACUUAUUUCUCUGGUGACGUUCGCCUUUCAAUCGAGCACUGUUCUGUACAAGACUGUUCGCAGUUUCAAAACCCAGGACGCCAACGCGCGCGCACUCAAAACUGAGCUAAAUGAUCUCACUGGAGUAUUGCACUCGCUCCUGGAGACAGUUACAAAUUACCCUGAGAUCAAUUUCGACUCUCUUGAAUUACCUCUACUGCGUUGUGGAAAGACUUGUGAGGAGUAUGGCAAGCUUAUUGCUCGGUGCACAAAACAUUCCAAUGGAACUCGGCCAAGCUUCCGGGACUGGAUUGGCCAGCAGUAUCUGAAGGGAGAUAUCACAGACUUUAGAGACAUGCUUGCUGGAACUAUUACGGCUGUUACGCGCAAUGUCAUCGACGAAUACAAAGACAUGAUAGAUGAUACAACCGCCGACCUACAAAGACACAUGCAGCGGCUGGAUGAGAGAGCACGUAGCCUGGCUAUCCCCCCGGCUGAAAGCGUCGAGUCUGACAGCACUGACUGGCUUGCUCUGUUUGAAGAGAAAGAAAGUACUCGAAAGGGCCUCCAGAUCUGCACUGAGCUAUCCUUGCACAUCGAAGCACUCGAGUCAACAUCCAGCGAGAACCCACAGUUCUCCAAACAGCCUUCAGCAGAUAAAUACAUCAAGAGUAGUUUGAGUUCUGCCAAGAGUUCUAUUAGUACGUUGGAAUCGCGUCUCAGAAGCCACGGAAACGAAAUUGAUAAGAGGAUGGAUGCCAUGAAACUGAAAACGGACCUCUCUGAAGAUGAUAUCAACGAACUGGCACAACUACGGGAGACGAAGGAAAGCAUUCAUCAAUGCAUGAACGUGGUUGCUAAUGCCGGCGAGGAUUUGGCCAGGGAGCGCGCUAACGUCUUUGAAGACAUAACAAUGGCUGACAAUGCGUACGGUAUCACGGUUUCAACCGUGAAGGACCUGGUUUUCGCAAGGCGAGUCAAUGUGCAAGGCCAGGCGCGUUAUGUGGGUGGGCAAAUAGACGAGGCAAGCUAUAACGCAACCAUCACCGCACUUACCGACUUGGACCGAGGAAGCGCACAAUAUGGAGGGCGGGAUAUUACAUUGGUGUCUUCGAAAGACGAAGCGGCCAAGAAGCCCGUGACAUCCCAAGCCUUUCUUGAACGUCAUGGCCCUGGCGUUAAACUUGAACCGUCUGAUCCUAUUUCAUUAUUAUGUAACGAUUAUCUUGACAUUAUGGCCUCUCGGUCUGAAGAGCGUGACGCUCAGUUCAACGCCCUCAUCGAUGUUCUGCACAGUGUCAAAAGCGACAUAUUCGAUCCGUUCACCAUCACUCGGACGUACUAUGAGUCUGCAGGAGUUCAGAUCGGUGUCGAUUUUUUAAUUCCUCGUCAACUCAAAACCCACAACCCGCCAGUCGUCGUCAGGAUUCACGGCGGCUUUCUGAUCACCGGCUCAAGUUUGUUUCCUGCUUGGUUCUCCAAAUGGGUUCUUGACUUUGCAGAGGAGCAAGAUGCUGUUAUCAUCAGUCCCAACUACAGGCUUCUUCCUGAGGUGAAGGGUCGAGAUAUUAUUCAUGACAUGGGGAACUUCUGGAAUUGGGUGCACUCUGGAGGACCUUCCCGUCAUCUCGCAGCAAUUGGGCAACACAAGCUUCAAUUGAACCUUAUCAGGACCCUUGUCGUUGGCGAAAGUGCCGGCGGAUAUCUGGCUCUACAGUCUGUUCUGUCAGGUUUUGUGAGACCCAAGGCGAUUAUAGCCCUUUACCCAAUGGUCGAUAUGAAAGCGGCUCACUUCAGCGAGUCCUAUGCCAAGUCAAUCGUUGGUGUACCAAACUAUCCCAAUCAAGAUGUCAAUAAGUUUCUUUCCGCCACCGUUGUGAAGCCUGCAAUCACUGAGGCAGAUCCGCCUGUGCGACUUGACUCGGCCAUGGCAGUCGUGCACAAUGGGCGCUAUCUGGAACUUCUCGGUGAGGACCCUGACUUAUUCAUCCUUGAUCGGAUCAAGAAGGUGGCCUCAACUUCAAAUUAUGAGAAAUCCUUGUUUCCGCCACUAUUUCUGCUUCACGGCGAGGAGGAUACCGCAGUGCCUGUUGAUGGUACGCGGAAGCUGGUAGAUUACCUGCAACGGUUUGACCCAAGUACUCAAAUUCAUCUGGCUAUCAGGCCUGGAGACCAUGGGUUUGACUUUACAGCUACCAUUGACGAGCCUUGGUUGAGGGAAGGUUUGGAUUUUGUCGUUGGUCCAUGGCUAGGUAGCAGGAGUCUUAUAUAGACUACAAUAACCCAAA